AUGGUAGAAAAUGUUGCCAGUUCGGUACUCGGAAAGCGUGUUUUUAUUAACUGGCCACACCUUGAAGAAGCCCGAGUUGUUGCUGUGUCAGAUGGAGAAACUAAGUUUUAUUUGGAAGAACCACAUGGCACACAGAAGCUUUACAUGGGAAAUGCAGUGCCCCCAGCUAAAGUGGCAUUUGUUGGAGAUAAGGAACAAAGCAUGUGGUUAAAAGAAGUUCAAGGCAUUUCAGAGCACUACCAGAGAAGAAAAGGAAUAAUUAUUCAUGAAACAUCAAUAGUUGUGUAUGCUCAGUUGCUCACUGGUAAUAGAUAUCAACUAAACCAAAAUGGAGAAGUUUAUCUGGAGAAGCAGUGGUCAAAACAAGUUCUUCCUUUUGUUUACCAAACUGUUGUCAAGGAUAUCAAAGCCUUUGACUCUCGUUUUUCAAACAUCAAAACUUUGGAUGACUUGUUUCCUCCUGGAAGUACAGCCUUUAUGCUGGGAUCUCCUUACUAUGGCUGCAUAGGAGAAGUUCAAGAUUCACGUGAUGUGAUCACAGAAGGUAGAAUUCGUGUAGUUUUCAAUAUUCCCUGUGAACCCCAGCUUGAUCCUUUGAUACAGAACCAGCAUAAAUACUCUGUGAAAUACAAUCCUGCAUAUAUUUUAGCCAGCCGUCUUGGAGUAAGUGGAUAUCUCGUCUCCAGAUUUACAGGGAGUAUCUUUAUUGGAAGAGGAUCAAAGAAAAAUCCUCAUGGAGAUCACAAAGCAAAUGUGGGGCUAAACCUGAAGUUCAAUAAGAAAAAUGAAGAAGUACCUGGCUAUACUAAGAAAGUUGGAAAUGAAUGGAUGUAUUCUUCUGCAGUAGAACAACUACUUGCUGAGUAUUUAGAAAGGGUUCCUGAACUAUUUAAUUACAUAGCCAAGAAUAGCCAGGAAGAUAUCUUCUAUGAAGAUGACAUUUGGCCUGGAGAGGAUGAGAAUGGAGCUGAGAAAGUUCAAGAAAUUGUUGCCUGGUUAAAGGCACAUCCUGUGUCUGCAUUGUCUCGCUCAUCUUGUGACUUGCAAAUUUUGGAUGCAGCCAUUGUUGAGAAAAUUGAAGAAGAAAUAGAGAAAUGCAAGCAGAGAAAGAGCAACAAGAAGGUGCGAGUAACUGUGAAACCCCAUUUGCUGUACAGACCGUUAGAACAACAGAAUGGGGUUGUUCCAGAUCGAGAUGCAGAGUAUAGGCUGUUUGACCGCGUUGUCAAUGUGAGAGAGAACUUUUCCGUUCCAGUUGGUCUUCGAGGUACCAUUAUAGGAAUUAAAGGAGCCAGUAGAGAAACAGAUGUGCUCUUCGAAGUUUUGUUUGAUGAAGAAUUCCUUGGAGGCCUAACUAUAAGGUGCUCACCUGCCAGAGGUUAUCGUCUGCCAUCAAGUGCCUUAAUUAACCUGUCUCAUGGUAGUCGGUCAGAAAUGGGAAGUCAAAAACUGACGGCCAUAGUUAAACCUCAGCCAGCUGUGAAUAACUACAAUUCAUAUGCAUCUGAUCUGUCAUCUGUAUGCUCGCAAAAAGUGCAUCUGGGAGGCCUCAAUCAUUCUCCUCGCUCUCUUUUUGUUCCUACUCAACAACUGAAUGGAAGACAGCAUUAUAAUCUCAGGGCUGAAAAUCAGGGCAACUCUAACUCACCCCAGAAAGGAUCAUUUCUGAGUGGCAAUCAGAAAAAUAAAGCACAGAGUAAGCAAGAUGAUGAAUUCUGCAGCAUAUGGCAAUCAUUGCAGAGUUCUGGGAAGUCUCACCACGUUCAGCAAACCAUGCAUGAGAAGGGUGCAGUUCUACCUCAGGAAAUCAAGCUGGGAACUGGCCAUCAGUUCUAUAAGCCAGGAUUCAAUGACAGCAGCUUUAAAGGUCAGCAAAGAAAACAGGAGCCAUAUAAAAAAUUUAAAGAAGAUUCCAAAGUUACAAGAGGUGAAAGUCAGACACAUAAUAAAAUAUCAAACAAACAGAAUUUUGCAGGUGUGAAUAAGUACAAUGUCAAACUUUUGAAGAGGAAUGAAAGUCCCAACAUGCCUGUAAUUCAGAAGGCUGCAGUUGAUGAUCCCUGUACAGGUGGAAAGAAGGACAAUGAACUUGAAAGCCUUCUAGCUUCUUUGAAAAUUUCCAAAGAAAAUGAAGUGCAGACUUAUUCCAAGGAAGCAAGAGCUACAAAUGAAGAACAUCUGUCACCACAGUCAUUUGCUAUGAAAGGAACACAGAUGCUCAAAGAGAUUUUGAAGAUAGAUGGCUCUGACCUGGAAACAAGGAAUGAAGUGAAAUCCCAAGUUAAUGAUGUUCCUACUCCCCCUAGCAGACAGGAUUGCCAUGGAGCUGCCUUGCAAUAUAGACAAACAAAAAAAAUGGCUGCUUAUAUGAACAAGCCUCAUAGCACUGGAGGCCCUCAGAACACACCAGCACUGGAAACUGGAGGUCACCCUUUUGCUUGUCCACAGCCUGCACUGUCUACUGUUUCUGAACUUUCUCGUAUUUGUUCUCUUGUUGGAAUGUCACAACCAGAUUUCUCUUUCCUAAAAACACCACAGACCAUGACAGUUUGUCACAUAAAAUUAUCAAACGGUUUGUUGGUUCAUGGACCGCAGUGUCAUUCUGAAGCUGAAGCAAAGGAGAAAGCUGCACUUUUUGCUUUACAGCGUUUGAGUUCUAUAGGAGUAAACUUCCCUUUGCCUCCACCUCCACCAGUGUUUCCAAAUUAUCAACCACUGGGAGUUCCUGUACCACCUGGAUCUAUUCCUCCAGUAUUUGCACAACCCUCUGCUAAUAUAAUGCCUCCAACAUCUCACAUGUUUGGUCCAGUGUCCUGGGGAACUCCAGUGCCUAAACAUUAUUAUCCUGGCUCCUAUCCAGGAAAUUUGUCUCUUGCAGGAACUAUACCAGUUGGUUCUCACAACCAGUUUAUACCUCUGCAGGUAACUAAAAAAAGGGCUGCUAGCAAGAAAAACUUUGAGGUCAAGGAGUUUCAGAGUUCCCCUCAAGCUGCACCACUAAAGAAUGAACAGCCAGUGUCUUCUGACCACAUUCAGCAAGAUAGUUCUUCAGCUCCUUUAAAAACUCCUCAAGCUGCUCAAUCCACUGUUUCAUUUCAAGACAAUGUGGCUACUCCAAGAGUUCCUCAUAACAAAUCAACACCAAACACUUCCAGCAAGCGAAAGCCAAGAAAGCUGGCUGUCAAUUUUGGCGCACCAAAAUCUUCAGAAUAAAUAUGGUAGCUAGGUGUAUUUUAUCUUUAACUCUUGCCCCACUGUUAUGUUCUAUCAUUUAAAAAAAUCAGAAAGCUCUAUUAAAAAGACCAGCCACUUUAAGUAUAAUAUAGAAAGAAAUAAAUUUUAUUUGCUAUGAUUUUCAGGUUGUUACGAGAACUAUAAAAAUUAUGUUAAAAUGCAAUUAUUUUGACUUAAAUUAGCAAAAGCCAGGAAAAAAUGCUGAGUUAAGGUUACCAUGCUAUCUAUUGUGCCUAGGUUUCUAAACAGUGGCUUACAGACUGUACUGGGUAAGCAGCAAUAACAGUGGCAACCUUAAUUCAGAAUUGCCAUGCUUUUUGGGAGGGAUAUGGAGCGGUAGUAAGUUGGGCAUCAAACAUUGCUUAGUAUGACAUUUUGUAUUCUAGCUUAUUUUUAAAUAGUGUAAUAAGACAGAA